UGAUGCAUUAACCAUGCUUCUGUUGCAGAUUUUGAGUUCCAGUCGAACACUGGGGAUUAAAAAUAUGAACUGGCAAUGGAUACUGAUAUUCUGAUAGUUAUAUUGCUGAUUAUCAAAUUCAUCGAGGGGCAAAAUAACAGCUUUAUCCUGUCACAGUGCUUUCAGAAUGGAGUUAUACAGGAGGUUGCUUUUAUCGGUAAUAACACAGCUGGAUGCAAGAUGAAACUGAAUUAUGAAAAGACAAUCCCGAAUAGCAUCACAAACCAGAACUGUGAUGAGAUGUAUCCUACAAAUGUAUCCACUUUUACGCAGCAAACACGAUGUCAAGACAGUUUGUCAUCAAGGAAAUGCGUGAAAAUUCUGAGAAAGGAUAUCAUUCUUUUUGGAAAAGAGUCGCUUUCGCUUGACGUCAACUGUAAAGAGGAAAAUCCAGGACGUUUAUUGGUCAGAUUUGAGAGUUUUGCUGCACAUGGAUUCUUGUGUGAUUUCGUCACGGGUGUCAAUGUAUGCACUGGGUUGAUUGCUAAUAUGGGGAGCUUCAGAUGUCAUUUCUUAAGAGACGAGUUUGGUAUCAGUCUUUAUGGAAAAGAACAAAAUCAAAUUUGUAAGAAUCCAUACUUCACGACUGUUGAAUUCGAAAGACUGCCAAGCAAGUCCUAUGACAACAUCUGCACUGUGGAAUUCAAUGUUACCGCACUGGCCCACCGAAAAUACAUAACUGUUACAGCGGAGAUCAUUGGAGGAAACAAUCACAGAAUUCAAGAGGAUUACAUUUAUCUCCCUGUCAUUACACAGCAAACUGUUAGGUUUUCCUUGUUUUUCGAUAAUGAUACAACAAGAUAUUCCUUGAAGGUUACCUUGGAAGUGGAUAUAGAGAAGAAUUCUCUCAGCAAAAUUCAAGUUUUGGGGGCCUCAAUGUCACCAGGCUGUUUCAGGGGGAGACCGAAUGAUGACGGCAGUCAAUCUGUUUCAAAUGAAAGGAUAAAGUUAGAAAGAGCAAAUCACCUGUACGUUGCAGCGAUUGGUGUAUCUGUUGUGUUGGUACUAGGAUUAUCAUUUGGAAUAGGUAUUAAAUUUUCAGGAAAGUUUAGAAAUAGAACUGUGAUAAAAACAUAUGCUGUGAGUGACGUCAUAUCCGGGACCAGUUUUAUAGAGGAUACCAUUUGUAAUUCUAACCCCAACUUUUCCUGGUACCGAUCGUCUUGGGUUACAGGACGUAUAAACAAUUAUCAUCACCGGGAUAUUAAGAUAUUUGAGGAUAUUGGCAAUGGACAUUUUGGCUGCGUUAAGAGGGGCAAACUACUAUCAUCAUCUGCCCCGAUUGCUCUAAAGGAAUUGAAACCUUAUUCAACAGCUGCAGAGAAAACGGAUUUUCUUUUAGAAGCCAUAACCUUGUGUAAACUUACACACCCGAACAUCGUCGAAUGUUUUGGUAUAUCAACCAGCCAGCAGCAUACCUAUAUUCUUUUGGAGUUAAUGGAUGGGGAUUUAAAAAACUAUCUUCGCAGGAAUAGGGACCUAAACGUACCUAUGUCAACCACCUUUUCGCAUACACAUUCCUUGAUGCUCGCACUUGAUGUUUGUCGUGCUUGUGUGUACCUUGAGCGUGUCAAAUUUAUCCACAGGGAUAUUGCCGCCCGAAACUGCUUGGUUUCACAGACAGGGAAUAUUGUGAUCGUUAAAAUAGCCGACUUCGGAAUGGCAAGGGACGUAACUAUGACUCAGUAUUAUAUAAAGGAGGGAAGCUGCAAAGUACCCGUUCGCUGGAUGUCACCAGAGGCGAUGUUAACUGGACGAUUUAGUUCGAAAACGGAUAUGUGGGCUUUUGGUGUGUUGAUCUGGGAAAUUUACACUGGAGCUAGGCUGCCUUACAAUGAUUUGACUGUGGAAGCUGUGAUGCGUUAUAUUAUCAACGGUGGAAAACUUGACAAACCUAGGAACUGUCCCACUGAAAUAUGGCGCAUCUUACAAAUGUGUUGGUUGGACUGUGCAGAAGAGAGACCUUCAUUCAAGGACAUAGAACAGUUAUUGCAGGUAUGUUCAACAAGUGAUGAUGAACAGGGGAGUGAAGUGAACACGGAAGAGACAAUUCUGCUGAUGAAUAUUGCACACUGAGUGAUUAUGCAUGUACUCCGAUAAUCUCUCUUUCUCAGAAAUAUGUGUAUUGUGGUAUAAACUCAAAACUAGUCAUCUAUAUACAUGUAUUUCAAUUAGAUAUUUUAUUAAAUACUGAAUCAUA